CGUGUGCCCUUUUUGGUCGUUUCACAACCCACAAAAUGAAAGUAGAGCAACAAACAAGAAAAUUCAAUUUUGCUCACUCGAUCGAAACCCGACACACAAAAAACCCCCCACACUCCCCCCAAAAAUAUCUCAGAUAAACAAUCCGCCAUAGAUAGACCUCGGCUCAGAGCUCAAGCUACGACGCCGUUCGCAUGGCUAUGUCAAUCGGAAACAUAUCCCCACUCCUCGACCUCGCGACUCGCACCAUCCUCCCAGACCGAGCUCGGGCCGUGGUCCCCGACCGUCGGGCCGCCCGCCUUCUGCCGUCCGACGCCGUCCUGAGCCUCUUUUGGAAGGAUCCGAUCCAAUCCCACCACCCGGACUCGGCCUUCGAUCACCGGGAGAGGCACACGAACCGAGGGAGCAAAUCGAGCCGGUCGAAAUCGAGCGGGGUGGAGUACGAGAACUCGAGUGACGACGAGAACGGGAACGGGAUCGAGGACGAGCUCGGGGAGGACAACGGGUUCGAUUGGGAGAAGGAGAUGAGGAGGAGAGUGAAGGAGAUCGAGGAGAUGCGGGAGCUGGAGACAAAGGCAGAGGAGCUGCAGUACAGAGUCGAUCGGGAUUUCGGAGAUGGGGGUGGCGGCGACGGCGGCCGUAAAGAGGAGAAUGAGGAGGAGAAGCGGAUGAGGGUGAAAAAGGAACUCGAGAAGGUAGCAAUGGAGCAAGCAGAAAGGAGAAAGACAGCUCAAUUAAUGUUUGACUUGGGACAAAAAGCAUACGAAAAGGGCACUUAUGCGCGUGCCACUGAGUUUUUUGAAGCCGCCCUCACAAUCAUCCCACGACCCACCUUGUUUGGCGGUGAGAUUAUCGAGCUGUACUAUGAGUUGCUUCUUCCAUUUUACUUUAUUCAAAUUUGGCUUGCGAUGGCAUAUGAGGCCAAUAACCGCCAUGCGGACUGCAUUGAUCUGUACCAACAGUUGGAAAAGAAGCACCCGAGUGUCAGCAUUCGGCGCCAGGCCUCGGAAUUGCGUUACAUACUGCAAGCGCCAAAGCUUAAGAUAACCCAAGAGGAGAUGGUCACGAUUCCCCUAAUAGGUUCUAGUUAUGACAGCUAUGCAGCUACAUGGACUGACAAAUACAAAGAUAAGGAUCAAAGAAUGAGUGGGUCCACAACAAACCAGCUCCCGUCAAACAAGGACUACUUAGCGGACUUUUUAGUCUGGAAACCUCCGGUAGGUUUGGAAAAGAACCGAGCUUUCUGGGUUUCGUUGACCUUGUGGGUCGGUCUCGUUGGGGCAGCUCUCUUUCUGCAAAGAUGAAGCACGCCUUUGUGUACAGAUAUGUAAGUAUGGUUUUGUGUUCUUGCUCGGGUUUUAGCUUGUUUCUUUUUAGUCGCUGCACGCUAUAUCGUUUUUCGUUAUUUGCAUUGAUUGUGUUGUGGAAUAGUUUUUUAUGCAUGAACCGGGUGUUGUGAUUAUGUGAUAUCUGUAUCUUGUGUACAUUGAGUUCCUCAUGCUAUAUAAAUUUCAAUCCUUGAAUUUUUUAUUUGUUAAUGAUGGGCUGACUUGUGAGUUUAUUUCUUUUUUUCUUUACAAAUUUAUGGCAUGAUUGGUAUGUUGGAAUGACAUGGGAAUGGAACGAUGAUUCUUUACUCAUUCUUAAUCCCGUGAUUGGUAUAUUUUUUUAGAAAGGAAUAGUCAUUCUAAUAGGAAUCACAAAACCCAUCUCCGUGGGAUUCAUCAUUCUAGCUAAUGUAUGGUUUUAUCAUUCUCAUGUCUUUAGGAUUCAGUUUUUCAAAAAAUAAAAUUAACAA